AUGGCUGGUCUCAUCUCAGACUACACUGGUGGCAGGGCCACCACUUGCUGUGCAAUGCUUAUCCUGGCAGCUCCCAUGCUUUUUUUGUACAACUAUGUUGGCCAAAAUGGACUAGGUACAUCCAUAGCAAUGCUCAUUAUCUGUGGUGCCCUUGUCAAUGGACCCUAUGCUCUCAUUACAACUGCUGUUUCAGCUGAUUUGGGUACUCAUGAAAGUCUCCAGGGAAAUGCAAAAGCUCUCUCCACAGUCACAGCCAUCAUUGAUGGAACAGGAUCUGUGGGUGCUGCCCUUGGGCCUUUGUUAGCAGGUUUGAUCUCCAGUUCUGGUUGGGACAAUGUCUUCUACAUGUUGAUUUCAGCCGAUGUUUUGGCGUGUCUGCUCCUUUCACGAGUGGUAUUCAAAGAAAUUCGAGGUUGGUGUGGCUGCUAUACAAGAAAAAGAGGGUCAAUCACCAUUUUUUGAACAGUCAUGCUCUGGGGCCAUAAAUCCCGCUUUAAAGAAUUUUGAUA